AUGGUGGUUUCGCAAUUAAGAAUGACACGUCGAAAUGGCGCUGUGUCCGCCGAGUCCCCCGCGAAAGCCUCUACCCAGACUCUUCCCCCCGACUGGGAAGAUGAGCCCCCAGCACUGUCCGACUUCACGCAGCUCCCGCACAAGGACUUCGGCAAGAACCAACUCAUCGAAACAAACGAGGAGUUCAAGCGCAGCCUAAGAGGCAUACUACGCGAAUUCCCUCCUAUUAGCUAUGCCUUUGCCUAUGGCUCCGGCGUAUUCCCCCAAUCCGAUGCCAGCACCUCGCGCAUUACACAUUCUCCACAUCUAAACCCUCCGGAAGCGAUAUUGAAAUGGCAGAAAGGCGGCGGCAAGAUGAUUGAUUUCAUGCUCGCGACGAAAUUCACGCAACACUUCCACUCCCUGAACCUCAAUCGGCACAAAGAUCACUACUCGUUCCUUGGGUCCCUCGGCUCUGCCGUGGUUAGCCAUGUGCAGGAUGCGUACGGCGCCGGCGCAUAUUUCAACCCCUACAUCACCGUCAAUGGGACAAUGAUUAAAUAUGCCGUCGUAAAUUUCCAGACGCUUCACCGGGACCUCUCGGAUUGGGACACUCUCUACCUUGCCGGCCGGCUGCACAAACCCGUCAAGAUACUCUUCGAGGAACCGAACAUCCGGGUCGCCAACCAGCGCAACCUGCUCUCAGCCGUACGCUGCGCUCUCCUGCUCCUCCCUCCCACCUUCUCCGAAAAGCAGCUAUACUCGACCAUCACUGGCCUAAGCUACAAGGGCGACCCGCGCAUGGAAUAUGGCAGCGAGCACCCCAAGAAAAUCGACAACAUCGUAACCCACCAGAUCCGCAACUUCCGGCUUUUAUACCACGACCUCAUAACCUCCCUCCCCAACGUCUCCUACCUUGACCAGCAGUGCUUCUCCAAACUCGACUGGAUGGAUGACACCAAGCUGGAUGUACGGAUGAGCCAAGACAUGGACGUCGAGCGACGAGGCAAUAUGGUCCGAAGACUCCCCAAGUCCUUCCGACAGAAACUGUACUUCCUCUACCAGCGCAAAUUCGCCAUCCCCGGUCGGGAAUUUCAGGAAAUGCUCGAUGAAAGCAAGGACGAGGACGCAGAAGGCGGGUUGAAGAAGCAGGUUGGAGGCGCUUUUGAUAGGCGUAUUGCAGGCGAAAAAGACUUACCGGACAUGGUGGCGAGAGCAGUAAAUCAGACGGUAAAAUGGCCGGCAACUGUGCAGUCCUUCAAAGGCAUUUUAACAGCCGGGCCAGUGCGAGCUUGGAGAUACUUGCAGGAAAAGAGAGAGAAGGGAAAGCAAAAGUGAUUUGCUCUGUUAAUGGGCAUUCUUAACAGCAAUCGACGUCUUUGUAAUUUUUUUGUUUGUCGUACGAUCAAAAGUCAGGAUUUGAGCAUAGAAUUGGGUUGCGUUGGGUUGCGUUGCAUGUAGCCGCCGUUUGGGUCUCGACGGGUCAGGCUUGUAUCAAAGCUUUAGGGCGGGAAACUUCUGGAAUAACGGGGAACCUGAAAGAUAAACUUAUUGUGUAGAGAU